UCUCUGAAGAAAAAAUACAGGGAAACAAUGGCAGAUAUCGAGGCUCAAACGAACAAGAAGAUGGAGUCGGAUCGUCUGGAAGCCACUGCCUUUUCUACUAAGGCAAAUCACCCUGUCACUUGGAGGUUCAAUGACAUACAUUAUAAGAUCAAAUCCAAGCAAACAAGCUUUUUAAUCCCAAAGAAAGAAAAACUAGAUGAGAGAACAAUACUUAAAGGACUAAGUGGAGUGGUUAGUCCGGGUGAGAUGUUGGUCAUGUUAGGUCCAUCAGGGUCCGGCAAAACAACUCUUCUAAUAGCAUUAAGUGGCCGAAUCAAUGGACAUCUCGACGGAGCUAUAACGUAUAAUGGAAAGCCCUUCUCGAGUGAAAUGAAACGUCGAAUCGGAUUCGUUACACAAGAUGACAUUCUCCAUCCCCAUUUGACGAUAGUCGAAACUCUAGCCUUUACUGCCCUUCUAAGAUUACCAAACACUUUAACAAAACAAGAGAAACUGGCGGAGGUAGAGGUAAUGAUCUCCCUGCUAGGUUUAAGCAAAUGCAAGAACACCAUCGUGGGGAGCCAAACUCUGAGAGGGGUUUCUGGGGGAGAGAGGAAAAGAGUCAGCAUUGGCCAAGAAAUACUUGUAAAUCCCAGCUUGUUGUUUCUGGACGAGCCGACAUCGGGCCUUGACUCGACCACGACGCAGAUGAUUUUGACGAUGAUGGGGGAGUUCGCUAAGGGAGGGCGGACCGUGGUUAUGACGGUUCAUCAGCCAUCGAGCCGUCUUUUCUAUUUGUUCCAUAAACUCUUAUUGCUAUUGGAAGGAAAUGCAGUAUACUUUGGAAAGGGAUCGGAAGUUAUGGAUUAUUUUUCGAGUAUUAGAUAUUCUCCAUCUGUCCCUAUGAACCCUUCUGAUUUUUUGUUGGAUCUCAUUAAUGGUUUGUCAAUGAAUGAUCCAAAUGAGGACCCAACAAUAGUUAAGCAAAAGCUUGUUUCAUCCUAUAAGAACAAUAUCUCUGAAAAGUUAAAGUCAGAGCGACAAGAAAGUGAUGAUGAGCAUUGGUGUAAAGAUGGAUCAUAUGAAGACAGCAACUUUGAGAUUUGGCCAACAACUUGGUGCCAACAAUUCUGUGUUCUGUUAAGAAGAGAAAUUAAGGAAAGGAGGUAUGAAUCCUUCUCUGCGAUGAGGGUUGUGCAGGUUUUAUUGAUUGCAUUCCUUUGUGGAUUCUUAUGGUGGCAAUCUGAUGAUUCUCAUUUACAAGAUAAGCUUGGACUUUUGUACUCCAUUCAAAACUUUUGGGCUUUCUUACCUGUAUUGAAAGCCAUCAGCACCUUCUCAAGAGAACAAAAGAUACUUGAAAAGGAGAGAUCCUCAGGAAUGUACAGGCUUUCAUCUUACUUCAUGUCAAAAUCAGCCAAUGACCUGCCCAUGGAGUUGGCUCUUCCCACUAUUUUCACCCUCAUAGUGUAUUGGAUGACAGGCUUAAAACCAACUCUUCCACACUUCUUGGCCACUUUGUUUACUAUUCUCCUCAAUGUUUUGGCGUUUCAAGGCUUUGGCUUUGCCCUUGGUGCCCUUAUUAUGGACCAAACUGCAGCCACCAUACUUGGAUCAGUCUUGGCUUUGGCUUUCGUUUUAACAUCUGGGUUUUUUGUUCAGAAUGUGCCUCAGUUUUUUGCUUGGAUUAAGUAUCUUUCUAUUGGUCAUUUUACAUACAAGCUUUUGUUGAUUUCUCAGUUCAAAGCUGAUGAUACUUAUCCAUGUCCCAAAUUUGGAGGGCUUUGUAAAGUUGGAGAGUUUCCUAACAUAAAGCAAAUUGGUCUUGAAGGAAAAGCUACCACUGUUCUUGCAUUGGUGGUAAUGCUUGUUGGAUAUCGUCUUAUUGCUUAUAUUGCUUUAUUGAGGAUUGGUGUCACCAAGAAAAACUAGGAUAUAGCUUUUUAUUUUUUCUUCCUAAUACUAAAUUUUAUUAGUAAACU